AAUCAACCAGCGAGUUGAAACUAGUUUAGAGAAAAAAAAAUUGUUUUAGCUAAAAUGGCCAAACACCAAAGUUUCUUCAUUUUGUUUAUCACAUUUGUUGCUAUUUUUUUAGCAGUAACAUAUGAAAGUAAAGAGGUUGAAGGAAAUUUGGAUGCCCAGGGAUGGAAAAAUGCACGUGCUACAUUUUAUGGUGACAUGGGGGGUAAUGAAACCAUGCAAGGAGCUUGUGGUUAUGGAGACUUAUUCAAGCAAGGGUAUGGCCUGGAAACAGCGGCACUAAGCACAGCACUCUUUAACAACGGAUCUACCUGUGGAGCUUGCUUUCAAAUAAAGUGUGUCAAUGCUCCUAAAGCAUGCCAUCCAGACCAAGUCAUAACUAUAACUGCCACCAAUUUCUGCCCUCCAAAUUACACAAAAACUACAGACGUUUGGUGCAAUCCUCCACAACAACACUUUGAUCUGUCAUUGCCUAUGUUCUUAAAGAUUGCCGAGUACAAAGCAGGGGUUGUCCCUGUUGUUUACAGAAGAGUCACUUGCCACAAAAAAGGAGGUCUCAAGUUUGAGAUCAAAGGGAAUUCUAAUUGGAUUCUUGUUCUUGUUUUCAAUGUGGGAGGUGUUGGAGAUGUUGUCAGUGUCAAAAUUAAAGGAUCUAAGACUGGAUGGACACAGAUGUUGCGGAAUUGGGGACAAAAUUGGCAGAUUUCUCAGCAGUUGGCAGGACAAAGCUUGUCUUUCCAAGUACAAACUAGCGAUGGCAAAUGGGUUCAAUCUGAUAAUGUUGCUCCUGCUAACUGGCGAUUUGGUCAGACAUUUGAAGCGAAGAAUAAUUUUUAG